GCACCUUGAACGACAACGCGGCGCGGCGGUAGGCCGGUAGACGUUGACAAGAGUUUCGCCGGUCGCCGGUUUCGCCCAGUUCCACAUGCAGAGCCGGUGGUGUGGCGGAGGCGCGUCGAUUGUGUCAUUGUGUUUUCCGUUGGUUUAUGUUGUUCGCGUGACGGGGGCUCGAUAAAGUGUCUUCGACAGUUCUCGAGAAACUCCCCUUUUGUGCCAGCUUGGAGCUGGAAUUCGGACACGGCCGCUUGACCACCGAAAUCAGCCGCUGUCCAGAGUUUGCGUCGCCGCAGACAUGUCUGCCUCGCGGCUCGAGCAAAUGAGGGCGGAUUUCCAGGACCGCCUCCAAGUCCGUAGCGGUCUGCCCAGACCAACCCGCACCGGAAUCCCAACCCCAACGCCGGCCGGCAGAGCCGCUCCCGCCAAAUCUGCGUCGACGACGUCUCACAUGAACGGGCACGGUUCCGCAAGACUGCAGCCGUCCAGUGUCAAUGGGGACAGCUUGUGUCACAACGGCAGCGCGACAAAGAGUGACGCUUUCACCGGCCAAGCAGCCAAAACGGCUUCCACGCCGACCUCCAAUGGUGCGCCGCUGUGUCCUAGACCCGGCACUGCAAACGGAUCGGCGCGGCCAGCGUCGGCCUCGAAGUUGUCUGCUCGGCACGUGCCGCCUCUCGCCAAGGGGGGCGUCCUCAUGACCAUGACAACGACGCAGCUCCGAGCUCUUGCCGACGGUCACGGAAACACCUGUGGCGCAUCAAGCGGGCGAGAGAAUGGAAGAGGACAGCUCAGCCAGACCUCGGUUCCAAAUGGACGGUCAUUUUCGCAAGCUACCGCAAAGCUCCCUGCCAGAUCGGUUGCCCCCACGCCCACAAGGUCAGUGACCCCUGCCAGCAGAAAACCUCCAACACCAACAUUGAGGAACCAUUCGACACCUGUCCCAGCGUCGAAGCCACCCGAACGAUCGGCAAAGAAACAACCUGUCCUUCCGGCGUCGACUCCAAAACGACCCGCAGUUGUUGCCAACGUAGCCCGUCCCGCAUCUGUGUCUCGGACGAGUGCGCCUCCGCCUGCGUCUAAACCUCAAACCCCCAAGGCACCUCCCCCCGAGCUGCGGCCCCUGGGUCCGAACCAGGAGCGGUGCGACGUGUGCAGCCGUGGCUUCGACAAGGACCGCAUCGAGAAGCACCGCUCCAUCUGCAAAAAGGCGGCGGCCAAGAAGGUGAAGGUGUUCGACGCCACCAAGAUGCGUACCAAGGGCACGGAAGCCGAGGCCUUCGUCAAGAGGGGACUUCACAACAAAGCUGUCCCGGUGAAGAAGUCGACGUGGCGAGCCAAGCACGAGGAGUUUCUCAACGCCGUGCGGCAGGCCAGGCUGGUUCAAAUGCACCUGGCCGCGGGCGGAAAGCUGUCCGAUCUUCCGCCACCGCCUCCCUCGGAGAACCCGGACUACGUUCAGUGCCCGUCCUGCGGCCGCAAGUUCAACGAGACCGCAGCGGAGCGGCAUAUUUCGCGCUGCAAGCAGACGCCGGCAGCUCCGCGAGCGAGACCCUCUGCUUUUGGGGCUCGCAAGUAGAGGCAUGUCUGCCUCGCUUUGAAAAGUCUACGAGCGUUGGAUGGAUGUGCGAAGGAACCAAGCACAGUUGUUUAUGCACGCACACUGGUGCAUUCAUUACAGGAUGAACAUAUUAGCAUUGUCGUCUUCGAGCAGCGACGCUCCCAGUCUCGAGGAUGCAGCCCUGUGGAUGAUGCUGACAGCUUUACGAAAGGUUUAAAGAAGCUAUUGAAUGCAAUUCCGGAUGAAGAAAAUUGAAGAACACAAUGAAAGUGGACAAGCAAACUAUUUUGUGAUCUCUUUUAUUUCUUUUUUUGGGCAAACUUUGUUUUAAUAUUUUAUCUUGGCAGCAUUUGUACUUGUUUUGCAUUUGUCUCAUCUAGAUUUUAUAUGGUAAAACUCCAGCUUGUUGUCUUUCAAGAUCUUUUCAACAUUGAAUGAUGCAUGCUUGCUUGAAGAGUGAUUAACUCUAUCUUGGCUUUUUGGCAUUCAACUUGCUUUUUUGUUUUAAAGUCUUUUUUUUUUUUACUGGUUUUGUUGAUUUGCAGUUAUUCUGCUCGGUGAGUUCAUGCUGUUUAUGUGUGAGCUGUUUUAAUGGUUUAUUGAUUGAGACCGGUGCUCGUCAGAACUGAAUAAAACAGUUAUUUUGUAAAAAUCUUCAAAGCUGCCUUUCUAUAAAAAAAAAAAAAAAAAAGUUAUGCAACUUGUUUUCUGGGCACAAAGUAAAAGUUGUACAAAUAAAUCUUUUUAUGGAA